AUGAGUUUCAGUUUGUACAGCGACAUGUACAUGGCCAAUUCGAGUUUUUCGAAAAACAUGGUCAAGGCUGUCAAAAUGAGUUUCUCCGUCAUCUUAAAACCCACGGUCCUCGGUCGGACGUCGACUCGGUUGAAUCUGUCGGCCAGACGGCUAGGACCCACGAUGUCUAGACCUCGACCAGUGCCGCCGCGGUCGUCGUCGUCGACCUGUUGCACCGUCGUGUCAAUGUGUCCGAGUCUCAUAGAAGACGUGACCGUGCUACAAUCGUCACCUGCGAUGGUGGAAGUGGCGGCGGAAGUCUCUGCAGAAGUGGUGGAGGUGGCGGUGUCGCACAGAUCGGUGGUGUCGUCGUCGCAAUCGAUCGCAUCCACUGAGGCGGCCGACUGGUCAGUGGCGAUGGCCGACGAGGCGGUGGCGAUGGCCGAAGACGCGGUGGCGAUGGCUGUCGAAGCAGUGGCUAUCGCAGAAGAGGCGGUGGCGAUAGCGGAGGAGGCGCUGGCCACGGCCGAGGAGACGGUGUCUGCUGUCGGCGGCGGGGCAGUGGUGUCGGCUGUAAACACCUCGUCCACCGGCCACAACACCAUGAGUCCUGAGGAAAGAGAACAUUUUCCGUCAGUGCAUUACUUAUAG